AUGUCACCUAUCACGAAUCAUCCUAAAGACAACAAUGGGAUAACCCCCACUUUGUACGACAAGAAGGUCCUCACCCACGAAGACACAGAGAUGCGGAAAUCAACCGAUGUGGAGAAUGUUGCCGGCCAGCUCGAGGAGUGCCAUGAAGUCAAACAGGGUCUUCGUCAACGCCAUAUUCAGAUGAUCGCCCUGGCUGGCACUGUGGGAACCGGCCUCUUCCUCAGUUCUGGGCGUGCUAUCGUGAAUGCUGGUCCGCUGGGGGCUUUCCUUGCAUACAGCAUCAUCGGUGCCACAUCUGCCAGUGUUGUCUUCGGCGUGGGUGAGAUGAGCGCCCUGGCACCUCUCAACGGUGGAAUUAUUCGGUCCACAGAAUUAUUCUGUGACCCCGCACUAGCGUUUGCCAACGGGUGGAAUCAAGUAUAUUCGUACAUCGUCUCAAUUCCAUCCGAGAUUGUUGCAGCUGCUGUGAUCAUCGAGUUCUGGGUCACUGUCAAUAAUGCUAUAUGGAUAACAGUGCUUGGGCUACUCAUGCUCUCGACAGCCUUCAUCUUCGUGCGAGUAUAUGGUGAGCUGGAGUUCGGCUUUUCGAUUUUGAAGAUCAUGCUUGUGAUCGGAAUUAAUAUCAUGGCUUUGGUCAUUACAUGUGGCGGGGGCCCCAAGGGCGAGUCAAUUGGAUUCGCGUACUGGAAAGCUCCCUACGGACCUUUUGUACAAUACCUGGGAGUCGGCGGCUCCCUUGGGAGAUUCCUCGGAUUCUGGAAAACAUUUGACAACGCCCUCUUCGCCUUCUCUGGACUGGAAAACUUUUCUCUGGCUGCGGCCGAGACUUUGAAUCCACGUCAGUCUAUUCCUAUGGCUGCACGUCGAAUCUUUGUCCGGAUCCUGUUAUUCUACGUCAUUACGAUCUUCAUGGUCGGCUUGAUUGUAUCAUCAGCAAACGAAAACCUGUUGGGCUCGACUGGAACCGCCUCGCAGUCACCUUUUGUUAUUGCAGCCCGAGAGGCUGGUAUCAAAGUGGUUCCUUCAAUUAUCAACGCAGUUGUUUUGACUUCUGCUUGGUCAUCGGGAAAUUCUAACAUUCUUGGAGGCUCUCGUAUCCUCUACGGCAUGGCUAAACAGGGCUUUGCUCCCGGCGUUUUCACGCGCAUCAACCGUUUUGGUGUUCCUUGGGUUGCUGUUGCACUUUACGCUGUCUUCAUGGCACUUGGGUAUAUGACUCUGUCGAGUUCAGCGAGUACAGUCUUCACCUGGCUACAAGACCUCGUCUCUAUCUCCACCUUGGUAAACUGGAUAUGCAUCUGCAUCGUUUAUCUUCGCUUUUAUUAUGGAUGCAAAGUGCAAGGAAUCGAUCGUCACACGGAACUCCCAUGGGCCGCGCCGUUCCAGCCAUACACAACUUGGUUCUCGUUGGUUGUCUUCAUUCUUCUCUUCUUUACUGGAGGGUUUACAACUUUCAUGCGUGGCCAUUGGAGUACUGAAACAUUUGUUUCGACAUACUUCAAUCUGCCAUUCAUUGUAAUUGUGUAUGGUGCUUACAAGUACUGGAUGAAGACGAAAAUCAUUCCGCUGGCGGAAAUUCCUAUUCGGCCUUUCAUCGAGAGCUGGCACAACAACCCGGAGCCAGCGCCCAAACCCAAGCGGGGUCUUCAGAAGCUCAAUGUUCUGUGGUCAUGA